CUCGGAGGAAUUCCUUUGGGGAUCGGCACAGAGGCGCAGAGCGACGAUCUAGUGCCGUCUCGCUCAGCCGGUUGUCCCAGCGCCAAUUUAAUAAUGAUUUGCGCGAAAUAAAGUUAGUCUCUUUGUUCAUUCCACCGGAUCAACAGCUUAUCCGCUCAGAAAUAAGCGCUCGUGAAACGAAGACUCCGUAGCCAUGGAUGAUGAGAAAGCAUCAGCCAGAGUGGUGGUGAAAAACACCCGCGGAGCGGAGCCGCUGGACAUUGUCGAUGACUUCCAGCGACGCAAGCUGGUGCUGAACAAGCACUGGGUUCGCCCGAAAUUCCUCCAGUACAACUACAUGUACAACUACCGCCAGAACUACUAUGAUGACGUCAUAGACUACCUGGACAGAAGGGCCCGCGGAAUGCCUGGAGAUAUCCCACGUCCACAGUACUGGGCCGAGCGCGUACUGCGAACUGAGAGGAAAACGCCGAAGAGCAUCGACGAAAUGUACAACUACACCAACAUCGGAUUGAAGCGGGAUGACAAGAAGCUUAUGUACACUCUAAGUAAUCAGAUCAAGUCGUACAACUUCCACUCGAAGCGCUAUCUUAACAGCAAAUACUCCAGGAUUUUGUAAACGCCAACUAAAUCUUCUAACAAGGCAUCGAGUCGCGACAAAAAAAAACAGAACUGGAAAUUUCGUUAACCGCUUUUAAUUCGAACGCUUUCUAAACUACCAAAAGGCAGACCGAAGUAGGCAACUCGACUUUCAGAAUGUGCUUAUAUUCGCAGCAACCGGCGCCCUUGAAACUGCCUGCAAAAAAAUAGCAAAAUGAAAAACUAUUUUCCCGCUAUUUCUCCCACAUAACAAAAAAAAAUGAAACCCAUUUUCCCCAUUCCUCAUUUUUUCCCAAAUUCCCCAUUCCUAGAAAACAAGAAGAACUUUCAAACUUUAAUUUUACUAACGCUAAGAAGCUUUCACGCAACAAAAUAAUGGAAUUAACAGAGAGACUACAACACAACGAAAACAUGCAAACGACAACCUUAGUAGAAGAAAAAAAAAACCAAUCCUUUUAGUUUAGUCGAGCACAGGGGGCAAAACGACCUCGUUGUUUCAGUAGGACCCAUUUUGUCCCGUUUGUUGUCGAGCGGAGACUCCAGAAUACCCAAUCCCAUGUAGCUUUUGCAUAUCUUAGACCUCAUAGACGCUUAGAGAGAGACACUUUGCGGAUCCUUCGGGAUUUCGAAAAAUUAUUUUGAUUUUUUUCACACAACCCCUUUUUAUUUUUUAAGCGCGCACUGUAACCUUUAAGAAACGAUUUUUGAAGCAAUCUUUCAGCAAAAACUAUAUAGAUAAUCGCUUAAUUCGUUUGAUUUUAACCCCACAUAUUUAAUCGCUUAUAAUCCUGUUUGACUUGAAACCACUUUUAGAAAGAGUUAACCGCUAGUGUUACGUAAUCAAUACUUAUAGGAUUGUCGUUUCUUUGAACAAAAAAAAACAAAUGCAACUCUUGUAGGUAGAAGACAACCUCUAAGAUCUUACACCGUCUACCGAGUUUGGUGGUAGAGAAAAUGGCGAUCACCAUGUGCUUAACCAACAGCGUCUAGAACAUCAAGACCUGAACAUCACCAAUAACAACAACAACAACAUCAACAUCAGGAAAAAUCGUCAUUUUCCCCGCUCCCGAACGGCAAGAGACAGUUUUGACCAUGGAAACGCAGCAAACAGCGAUGUCAACUUUAAUCAUCCACAUACUUUAGGUAUAGAUAAUUGACCAAAAAGCCAUUGAUCUUUAUAUUGCAAUUUAUGUUUAUGGGACUCUGCGUCCCGCACUGUAAACCUUGGAACUUAUGUUAUAUCUAUCAUAUUUUUUUCUUUUAUUUUGUAUUUGAUACCCAAUGAAACUAUUUUACCAAAUAAAGAAACACCCUAGAAAUCCGUCAUUUUUUUUUUGAAUAUAUUUACUGGCAAGAGUUUAUAGUUUACUUUAAUUGCGCAAGAUAAACUGAGAAAAAUAAAGUAACCGAUGAAGAGAGAAAAACA